AUGGACAGCACCGAGAUUUUCGAUCUGGCUAGCGAAUGCUACAAGCUCUUUCGAGAGACCUUCCCCGAGGAUACGCUACCUCCGGAUGCCCAGAUGCCACUAUACCGCGCCCUUUUCCAUUGCCGGUCACGAUUCGAGACCUGGGCUGGCUACACGAAUGCAUUGGAAAACGGCGAGGAUUCUUUGGACAAACAACUUGAGUUCAGUCCUGCAGAUGACUUGCAGAUUGUGACUUGGUGUCUGGUUGCGACGCGCAUGGAAGAAGUGCAACGCGUACCGAAAAAUCCCAAGCUGCGAACCAUCCAUGAGGCUAUGGAUAGGCUACAACGGGCGUCGGACACAAAACUAAGGGACAAAGACGGCUUCGACAGAGUUGCGGCCGCGGUCGUCAAGGGCGCAUACCCUGAUCUGCCUGAGACACUAGUCCAACAGCUAGGCUCAUCUAUCGCACGCAGGCGUGCUCGCUUACUCCGUCAGAGGAAGCAUCAGCACGACCUUGAUCUCCAACGACAACAGGGUUACGACGCACAGACUGUGGCGGCCGAGGACACCAAAAGUGUUGCGCAGGCACAAGAUAAGAUGAUGGCUGCUCUGGAGAAAUUGUCUGUCACCGAGCAUCCUGUGUUGGAGCCGAAGAAGCUAUCGGAUGAUGCUUCGACACAGCAGAAGGUCGGAUCCAAGGUCUGGUACUGCGACCUGCAUCUAGACGAGGAAGUACAUGUAAUGCACGAGACAUUCCAAAGUGAAGAAUCUCUCCGCCAGCAUCUGAAGGAUGACCAUAGAGAUCUUCCGCCGCUGGAGAUUGAUACUAAGGUCCGACGGAACACUAGGCGCCCAUCUCGAUCGUGGGAUAUUUGCUUGUUCUGUGGCUUCGACGCCGGCGCCAAAGUAGAUCCGGACAAUGAAUGUGGAGCAGAGAAGGAGUCGAGCACAAGGUAUGCUGGACUUAGAGCGCGGAAGGCUAGAGAUAUGGCUAGGCUGGUACUUUGGAACCACAUUGCCCAGCAUCUCAAGAGUCUAGCUUUCAUAUCGCUGAGAUGGUGCGAAGAUAAGAAGGUCAAUGCCGAGGGGGUUGAUGUAAAGACGAAUGCUGCGUCGAGGGGAGGAUCUAGCGAAGACGAGGAAGCGGCAUCGGUGGCGGGGCAGUGA